AGUUUUACCAGUCAAUGGUCCCUCAACAACAUUCACUAAAUGGUGGGAAACAAGAUUUCGAAGUGCAGAGUAUUACGGAUAACGAAUCUGAUGAAGCCACAGCAAGCGAUUGCUCAGAUUCUGAUUUGCUGUGGCGAUUGAGCGUUCAAGUGAAUGUUCCCAGAGGUUCUAAUGUCCAAACCUCAGCAAACCCCAAACCAAAGAAAAUUCAGCCAAGAACUGCUAAACUCUCAGAAACUAGAAGCUUGAUUCCAUCGCUGAUCCCAGCACCAAGCAAGAGACUUCCUAACACAGUAAAUUCGCAGCCGCAGCGACCAACCAGAGAUGGGAAACGCAGACUGAGUUUAGGCACAUGAACAUGUUUUCUCACCAGUUUUGUAAAGAGUUUUUAAAGGAAGGAGACAAAAAGAUUUGUUAUUUGUAUAUUGCGAGAGCUUUCUCUGUUUUGGCCGCUCUUAUUGUGUCAUUAUGAUAAAAUCUCAAAUUUGUUGCAUUGAGUGUACAAAGAAGGAUUCCUUAUUAUACAA